AUUUCUGUGUGGGAUGAAAUUAAAAUAAGUCUAAAUAUGUGACUUUACAUUCAUAGACUAAUUAAAAAACAUGAUAAUCUGUAUUAUAUAAAGUGCUAUUUACACAACGGUGACUUGAUUCGUAUUACAGCUUCUGCUUCAGAAGACCAUGUCCCUGCUGCUGAGCAGCUAGAGGAGGACGACACAGAAAAUGGUAAGAUAGGAAUUGUUAUUAGUAUUACAAACGUGAAUACAAAAUAUAUAUAUCUAAAAUUGUACAUCAUACUGACUGCAGUUGUUUAUUUUUUGACAGACACCAUUUUAAGGCAUUAUGAAAUGGGUGACAAGCUGGGCAAAGGUGGAUUCGGCUCUGUCUACAAAGCCACACGCCGCAGGGAUGGACUUGAGGUUGCUGUGAAAUGUACUGUCAAGUCACCGAAGAUGAAGGAACUCACAGUGCCUGGUUAUGACAAACCCCUCCCUACAGAAAUUGCCCUGACAAUCAUGGCCAACAAUGGUCCCUACGUCCCCGAGAUAAUCCAACUCCUAGACUGGGAGGACAAUGAUGGCCACUACAUUAUAAUCAUGGAGCGACCCAUACCUUGUAUGGACUUGCUUGGCUUCUUACGCCACAAGAAUGGACCUCUUGAUGAGAAGACGGGACGCCAUAUAAUGCGGCAGGCCAUUCAUGCUGUGAGCGUUUGCUUUGAUCGCGGUGUCUUCCAUCGGGACAUAAAGCUUGAAAACCUCCUGGUGAAUCCAGACACUUUGGAGGUAAAGCUAAUAGACUUCGGCUGUGGUGCGAUCGUAAAGAAAUCAGGCUACAAAGUCUUCUGUGGAACAAGAACAUAUUUCCCUCCGGAGUACGAAUUGCAUGGCAGGUACCAUGCACAGCCGGCGACUGUUUGGUCUCUAGGGAUCGUCCUGUUCGCAAUGAUGUGUGGGGCUUUACCCACUGUCUCCGACCACUCCUUGAUCAGGGACUAUCUUUGGUCUAGCCCUGGCCUGUCAAUAGAAUGCUGCCAGAUGAUCUGCGGUUGUCUACAGCCAAACCCAGAUGAGAGACUCGCUCUGCAGGAGAUGCAUCUCCAUAACUGGUUUAAGGUCAUGGAGUAAGACAGGAAAAACAACUCAGCAACCCUAGCACACCUGAGGACUGCUGCAUUGGAUUGCUCUUUGUAUUAUAUUGUUGCCUUGUCAUCUUCUUUAAUAGUGCAGGGCAACUUACAUAUGAUUACCUUUGUUGAUUAAUUAAUUUGUCAUGAAUGUUUUGAAUGUAUUGUCAUUAUAUUAUUAUUAUUCACAUAUGCAAAUGCACUAUAUAUGUCAUGUGUGUUUCUUAUAUACUGGUGAAUUAUUAAAGCAUCAUAAAAUC